AUGGACAGCAGCAAGAACAGUAGUUCCGCAGAUGUCGUCGGUCAGCUUGAGCGUGAAGGCGUUGGAAGUUGCAUUAUCUUGGAGAGCAAGGACAGUAGUUCCACAGAUGUCGUCGGUCAGCUUGAGCGUGAAGGCGUUGAGAGCAUAGGAGUAGCAACACAUCAUGCCCUCAUGUGUCCGCAGCACGCCAUGGCAUUCUCACAAAGGAGCACCGACGAUGGCCUCUUCUUCCUCGUGGACUCAGGAGCGAGUGUGCAUUUGCUUGCAGAGAGUCUGGUGCGAGACGGUCAUGUUCAAGUGGUGGAAGAACUUAGUGCAGAAGGCCCACACUGUGUCACUGCUACUGGAGCUCUCAUAGAAGUUCGUCGAAAGGUUAAUCGUGUACGAGCGAUGUUUUUCUUGGAGCCUUCGAAAGCAACUCGUGAAGAGGUAGCAUGUGUAGAGUUUGUGGCCCUCUUGGCGCCGGUACAGUUCUCCCUGUUGAGUCUUGGUUUGUUGUCGCAGAAAGGGUGGAACGUAAAUUUUAAACCCGGUGAGGCCAAGGUUCGCAACGGUAGGUUCCAGUUUCGAACGCACUGGCAGCAGUAUCGUGGAGGGGCAAGCGCGGCCAGCGCCAGCAGUGGGCCGAAGACCAAGGCAAUGCCCAAGAAGAAGACGGUGAUCCGCACCAAGGCGAUGCCCAAGAAGAAGACAGUGAUCCGCACCAAGGCCAUGCCGAAACCCCACACCCAGACCGUCCAGAGAGAGAUCCCGCUGAGCAGAAAGGAAGUGAGGAGCCUCCCCAUACUCACGUUGAGGGACCACCUGGACCACCACCACUACGCCGUCAUGGAGGCCAACUGCGUCGCGAAUUUGAUGAAGCCCAUGGCGGUCGACCAGAAGGAGUUCCAGAUCGAGAACAGCGCCGUGAUGGUCACCAAGGAUCGGGUGACGGUGACAAGUACCUCAAGGCCACCGCCGACGCCGCCGAAGGUGCCCCCCCCCGUUGGAGGCGGGCACGGUCUACCUUACCCAGGGAGAUCAACAGCGGGGAAGAGCAUCACGUUUACCAGCACCGCCAGCACCUCCAACACCAGCCCCGGGAAGCAAAGGCGCGACGACAGCUCCGAUGCCUCCUCAGGAGCCGGAGACACCACGUUCUUCUGCGUCUUCCUGGAGCGUGGUAACGAACAAGUGACAGAGCCGCAGCGGUCAAAGCAGAAACAUGUGUGUGCGGAACCUGGGUUGGCAGGAGUUGAGCGUGAGUUGGUUGUUGGAGUUGAGGGAGAGGGAGAGCGAGUUGAGCGUGGUUCUUUAGGUGAAGUUGAGCGUGAAGCAUUAGGACAUUAG